GUAGUCGCGCGUGGAGGUUUGUUUGCAGUCGAACAAGGCGAAUCUCAUUUCUCAAAGAAAAUCAUGCCGAAAAGAACUAAUCCUUUCGGAGAUUCCUCUCCUCUUCAGUUCAAAUCCCACAUUCGACAGAAGGAGGUUGACAUGGGUGUUUUGCGGGAAGAAAACAUGAAAGCUGUUUAUGAGAAGACCAAACAGCUGUUAUUUACUGGGGCCCGUAAGCUGAAACAACCAGGGCAGGGUUCAGGAUUGAUGGACACCUCUGAGAUAAUGGCAGACGUUUGUCAGAAGGACCUUCAUCUGGCGCCUGGCCAACUAUGUCUGAGCAACUCUGGUAAACUGGCCGCUCCUGCCUCACUGGGUUUUGUGAAUGGAUUCUGUAAUAACAACACCCUGCUGGCCAAUCCACAGCUGAGCGUAUCUGCUAAUCCAUUAUCAUCUAAUAAAGGUUCUAACUUCACCUGUAAGUCAUGUAGCCGGGCUUUUAUACAGAUCCGACCAUGUCAUUUCUGUGAAGGGACAAUCUGCGUGGAUUGCACACGGCGGUGUGACAUCUGUUCAGGAAACUUCUGCUCCUUCUGUUCUGUACUUAACUAUGAUCAUAGCUCUGAAAGAGCAUUCUGUUUGAACUGCAGCUCCUGAUGUGAAGGUUUACAGGUAACCUCAUUACACUCUUGGAUGAUUUCCUGGCAGAAGUUUAUGUGUUUGUGAACUGGGAAAAAUACUGCGAUACUUGAUACACAAUUGAUCCACCCUUUGAGAGAGGCAGAAAUGUUUGAUAGCAACAGUGUUAUGGCCGAAUCUGAGAUAUGUGUUUUUGAGUAGUAGAAGUGUAAACCUUUUCAUGUGCUACUCAUCUGGAGAAAAGUAUCAUGGAAGGUUAUCGGUGAGCAUAGCCAAAGUUCAUACCUGCAUGAAGAUGCAUUUGUGCCAUAGUGCAGUCCAGUGUUUUUGUCCUUAGCCAUGUGGGCAUGCAUGGUCCAUUUGUAUGAUGACAUCUGAUUGUUAUGCCUGUAAAUGAGUGAAACAGCAAAUAGAGCUUCUCUGUAUUACCCCAGUUGUCACAUGACAGCAGGUAUGAUGAAGUGGGACCUAGCCUAGUGAAGUAGUGUAGGUCAGCGGUAUGUAAGUUAUGAAAAACAUGACAUCAGCUAUUGCGAGUUGCAGAGGUGUUGAGACAUGCUUAAUGAAGUUGAUGCUUUUCAGCAUGGAUAGAAUAUACAUAUUUGAUGGAGUUUGCCAAAGCUGUCUGU